GCCGUCAUAUAGCUGGAAUAUUGCUGAGUGCGGCGUUAAACAACACAAGAACACAAACUGAAUGUAAACACCAUGAAUAGGUCGGACAUCAAUACAGAGAAUGUGCACUCGGAACUACUCGGGUGAGUCCGUGGUGAAUGAGUCUAUUGAUCUAUAUUGGCGUCUCCACGCGGUAUUGAUUCGUGUGAAUAGACGAACAACUGGUAUCGCCGCGCUGUUGUACAUAGUGUUGCUGUGCUUUCGUUACGCUACACUAUAACAGAAGGGAGCUUGUGCUGUUAGCCACGGCUGUACGACAGUGUGCCUAGGUUUUCUGACGUUUAUCAGGUGAGAGGUCUACAAGGUUUAAAGAUAUGUUUACACGCAAACGGAAGACGACAACCAAAGCUCAAGGCACGAAGAAGCACAACGGAGAGACGUUGACUGACGCUAAAGGCACGAAGACGCACAACGAAGAGACGUUGUCUCAGGCUAAAGGCACGAAGACGCACAACGAAGAGACGUUGUCUCAGGCUAAAGGCACGAAGACGCACAACGAAGAGACGUUGUCUCAGGCUAAAGGCACAGUAACGCCCGAGGAGGCGUUGGCUCGCACUGCAAGGAUAAAGCAACACAAUGAGGAGACGUUGGCCCAAGCUACCCCGGGAGACAUGCUGAAGUUUGACCGAGGAAUCUACUGUCACUGGGCGCUAUGCAUAGGUGAAGGUCGUGUGAUUCACCUUGCGGGCAGGGACGGAGAUAUGAACGAUAACGCCAAUGACGUGAAGGUCAGAGAGGACAGUUUCUGGAAGGUUGCUGGAGGCGAUGAAGUUGACGUCAGCAAUGAUAAAGACGACAGAUGGGAUCCGUAUCCUCCAGACGAAAUCGUUGAAAGGGCGAAAUCUCGACUGGACCGGGUUGGCUACAAUCUGGUCCUGUUCAACUGUGAACACUUCACCUCCUGGUGCCGGUACGGGAAGAGCCAGAGCGAUCAGGUGGACCAAGUGGCUGCUGCUGGAGCACGGGUAUUCGGAGGAGGAGUGUUGCAGAUAUAUGACAUCUUUAAAGGUCUUGUGAACUCGAGCUAGCGCUGAAGCUGUGGCUGUGACGGAGGCUGAUAUUUCACAUGUGUAUGUUUCUAUGACAAGGCUUUCAGGAUGGAUCUGUGACUAGCUGUAUUUGCUAUUUUGACACCUGAAGCAGAGGCUCUAUUUGUGGUUGUAGCUGACAGUGAUUACAACGUUGUAGCUCCUGUAGCUGACAGUGAUUACAAGGUUGUAGCUCCUGUAGCUGGCAGUGAUUACAAGGUUGAAGCUCCUGUAGCUGACAGUGAUUACAAGGUUGUAGCUCCUGUAGCUGGCAGUGAUUACAAGGUUGUAGCUCCUGUAGCUGACAGUGAUUACAAGGUUGUAGCUCCUGUAGCUGACAGUGAUUACAAGGUUGUAGCUCCUGUAGCUGGCAGUGAUUACAAGGUUGUAGCUCCUGUAGCUGACAGUGAUUACAAGGUUGUAGCUCCUGUAGCUGACAGUGAUUACAAGGUUGUAGCUCCUGUAGCUGGCAGUGAUUACAAGGUUGUAGAUCCUGUAGCUGACAGUCAUUACAAGGCUGUACUCUUGUAGCUGGCAGUGAUUACAAGGUUGUAGCUCCUGUAGCUGACAGUGAUUACAAGGCUGUACUCCUGUAGCUGGCAGUGAUUACAAGGUUGUAGCUCCUGUAGCUGGCAGUGAUUACAAGGCUGUAGCUCCUGUAGCUGAGAGUGAUUACAAGGUUGCAGCUCCUGUAGCUGGCAGUGAUUACAAGGUUGUACUCCUGUAGCUGGCAGUGAUUACAAUGUUGUAGCUCCUGUAGCUGGCAGUGAUUACAAGGUUGUACUCCUGUAGCUGGCAGUGACUACAAUGCUGUAGCUCUUGUAGCUGGCAGUGAUUACAAUGCUGUAGCUCCUGUAGCUGGCAGUGAUUACAAGGUUGUAGCUCCUGUAGCUGGCAGUGAUUACAAGGUUGUAGCUCCUGUAGCUGGCAGUGAUUACAAGGUUGUAGCUCCUGUAGCUGGCAGUGAUUACAAGGUUGUAGCUCCUGUAGCUGGCAGUGAUUACAAGGUUGUACUCCUGUAGCUGGCAGUGACUACAAUGCUGUAGCUCUUGUAGCUGGCAGUGAUUACAAUGCUGUAGCUCCUGUAGCUGGCAGUGACUACAAGGUUGUAGCUCCUGUAGCUGGCAGUGAUUACAAUGCUGUAGCUCCUGUAGCUGGCAGUGACUACAAGGUUGUAGCUCCUGUAGCUGACAGUGAUUACAAGGUUGUACUCCUGUAGCUGGCAGUGACUACAAGGUUGUAGCUCCUGUAGCUGGCAGUGAUUACAAGGCUGAAGCUCCUGUAGCUGACAGUGAUUACAAGGUUGUAGCUCCUGUAGCUGACAGUGACUACAAGGCUGUAGCUCCUGUAGCUGACAGUGAUUACAAGGUUGUACUCCUGUAGCUGGCAGUGACUACAAGGCUGUAGCUCUUGUAGCUGGCAGUGAUUACAAUGCUGUAGCUCCUGUAGCUGGCAGUGACUACAAGGUUGUAGCUCCCGUAGCUGGCAGUGAUUACAAUGCUGUAGCUCCUGUAGCUGGCAGUGACUACAAGGUUGUAGCUCCUGUAGCUGACAGUGAUUACAAGGUUGUACUCCUGUAGCUGGCAGUGACUACAAGGUUGUAGCUCCUGUAGCUGGCAGUGAUUACAAUGCUGUAGCUCCUGUAGCUGGCAGUGACUACAAGGUUGUAGCUCCUCUAGCUGGCAGUGACUACAAGGCUGUAGCUCUUGUAGCUGGCAGUGAUUACAAUGCUGUAGCUCCUGUAGCUGGCAGUGACUACAAGGUUGUAGCUCCUGUAGCUGGCAGUGAUUACAAGGCUGUAGCUCCUGUAGCUGACAGUGAUUACAAGGUUGUAGCUCCUGUAGCUGACAGUGACUACAAGGUUGUACUCCUGUAGCUGGCAGUGAUUACAAGGCUGUAGCUCCUGUAGCUGGCAGUGAUUACAAGGUUGUAGCUCCUGUAGCUGGCAGUGACUACAAGGUUGUAGCUCCUGUAGCUGACAGUGAUUACAAGGCUGUAGCUCCUGUAGCUGGCAGUGAUUACAAGGCUGUAGCUCCUGUAGCUGGCAGUGACUACAAGGUUGUAGCUCCUGUAGCUGGCAGUGAUUACAAGGCUGUAGCUCCUGUAGCUGGCAGUGACUACAAGGCUGUAGCUCCUGUAGCUGGCAGUGACUACAAGGUUGUAGCUCCUGUAGCUGGCAGUGAUUACAAGGCUGUAGCUCCUGUAGCUGACAGUGAUUACAAGGUUGUACUCCUGUAGCUGACAGUGAUUACAAGGUUGUAGCUCCUGUAGCUGGCAGUGAUUACAAGGUUGUAGCUCCUGUAGCUGGCAGUGAUUACAAGGUUGUAGAUCCUGUAGCUGACAGUCAUUACAAGGCUGUACUCCUGUAGCUGGCAGUGAUUACAAGGUUGUAGCUCCUGUAGCUGGCAGUGAUUACAAGGCUGUAGCUCCUGUAGCUGAGAGUGAUUACAAGGUUGCAGCUCCUGUAGCUGGCAGUGAUUACAAGGUUGUACUCCUGUAGCUGGCAGUGAUUACAAUGUUGUAGCUCCUGUAGCUGGCAGUGAUUACAAGGUUGUACUCCUGUAGCUGGCAGUGACUACAAUGCUGUAGCUCUUGUAGCUGGCAGUGAUUACAAUGCUGUAGCUCCUGUAGCUGACAGUGAUUACAAGGUUGUAGCUCCUGUAGCUGGCAGUGAUUACAAGGUUGUAGCUCCUGUAGCUGGCAGUGAUUACAAGGUUGUAGCUCCUGUAGCUGGCAGUGAUUACAAGGCUGUAGCUCCUGUA